UCAGACAAAACUCAAAAGUCUUCAGUUUCAUACUUGGGGCCUUGAGGAGGGGGGUUUGGUUUUUUUUAUCAAAUAAAAAAAAUGGGAAGUAAUUAGCUAAUAAAUAAAUAAAAUAAAAGGAUCAGAGUGAGUGAAAUGGAGAUAGAGAGAGAAAGAAGCUUUCGUUUCCCUUCUUCCAUUAAUACAAAGCAAUCCUACUCACAAAGCUUUUAUUCAUCUCUACUUCAGUUUCUCUUGUCCUCAUUUUUCAUCUGAUAAUUAAAACCGCUAAAACAAACCCAUUCUCAUUUUCAUCUUUAUAAUCGAAUCAAAAAGUUUCGAUUUUUUUUUUUUUUUUUUUUUUGUUUUAAAGAACCCAGAAGAAGAAGCUCUGUUCUUGUUCUUUAGUGUGUUAUCUUUUUUCUUUUUUUUUUCUGGGGGAGGGGUUAUUUAGGGGGUGGAGAAUCUGAGUGUUUGGAUUUACAGAAAAGAUUAAAAGGAAAGAGAGUUAUAUUGGGAAUUAUAAAGCUACCAUAUUGGGAUUUGUUGUGUUUUUAUUUUUUUAUUUUUAUUAAUGAGAGAAGACCAGAAAUUAUUAAAUUUCCAAACUCUGUGUUCCCUUUCGUGGAUUAGGAUUUGUUUAUAAAAAGAUCUCUAAUUUCAGAGAGAUUGACUAGACCAAGACCAAGAACAAGAACAAGAACAAGAAGAAGAGUGUAGAUAAGAAGAAGAAUGUGGUGGUGGUGUUCUUCAACUAAAGGUCGUUCGAAUCUUGAGAGGUUUCUUUUAGGAAUCACUCCUAAGCCUCCUUCCUUCUCUCUUCCUCAGGAACAUGGAAAGGAUGAGGUUGAAUAUUUCAGGCUUGGUGAUCUCUGGGACUGUUACGAUGAGCUGAGUGCAUAUGGAUUUGGAUCGCAGGUCGAGUUAAGCAAUGGUGAAACUGUUAUGCAGUACUAUGUCCCGUAUCUAUCAGCCAUCCAAAUCCACACUAACAAACCCGGCUUGAUUUCCAGGAACCAGAGUGAGGUGGUUGAAUCUGAGAGUAGCGAGUGUUGGAGCGAUAGUGAGAGUGAAAAGUUGCUGUCAAGGUCAAUGAGCAAUGAUUCGAGCAAAACAUGGGAUGCUGUCUCUGAAGAUUCGGUUUCUGAUCCGGAUGCUACACUACUGCUGAAAGAUAGACUUGGUUACCUUGACUUUAAGCACAUCGAAAGAGAUCCUCCCUACAAGCGGGUUCCCUUAACCGACAAGAUAAUUGAACUGGCGGAGAAGUAUCCUGGACUCAUGACCUUAAGGAGUGUCGAUAUGUCUCCUGCAAGUUGGAUGGCUGUUGCGUGGUACCCUAUAUAUCACAUCCCAGCAUGCAAGACUGAGAAAGAUCUGACGACAGGCUUCCUAACUUAUCACACUCUUUCUUCGACUUUUCAAGCUGCAGAUAAUGUGGUGGAAGGAGAUCAAAGCAACAACAAAGACCAGGAAGAAACAGAAGAGUGUGAUGAAGAAUCUGUUGUCAACAAGAGAAUCCCAUUGCCUCCAUUUGCUUUAGCUAGUUACAAAAUGCAAGGUGAUCUUUGGAGCAAGACAGGAUUUGACCAAGACCGGUUGAGUUAUCUUCAAAAGGCUGCAGAUUCAUGGCUCAAACAGCUCAAUGUUGAUCACCAUGACUAUAACUUUUUCAUAAACUCGAGCUUCUAAAAGGGUCUUCGUAGCUCGUUUGUUUAUCGUUUCUCCAAAAAAAAAAAAAAAACAACCGUAACCCCUGAACAUUUCUUUCUUGUUUCAAGCUCCUAUCCUCUCUGCUUCUCUGUGUUUCUUCUCUUCUUUUUGUUUUUCUUUUGUCUGGCCCGUUGUGUUGUUUUAGGUAGCAACCGCCAUCGCGGAGCUUUUCCUCCUGUUGCAAGCCAAUCAUGGAAGUAUCUAAGAAAGAAAACAUUUUUUUUUUA